AAACAGUCGAAGAAAAACGAAAUUUGUUUCAACCCUUCAAUUGAAGAACAAAUUAAGUGAAGAUGUCAUGGUUGUAAAUCCAUGUCCAAACAUUCCAGGUCCUGCACUUACAGUAGGUGUUCGCCAUGGAAGCCUCCCCUUUGACUCAGCAAAGUAGGCCAGAGGUCUUUCAGCCAAAGAUUGUCACACUAUACGAAUCUUUAUUCCAGGUGACUGAAAAUAUUGAGCCGAGCGAGGGCUUCUGGAGAGAGUUUUAUCUACUUCCUCCUGAUAGAGAGCACCUGCGCCGCCUCUUAGAUGGAAUCUCUGCAGAUGAUACGUUGUUAUUGCAAGGAAUCACUCGACGAUUGUUUUCCCGAUCUAUACGUGAAGCCGCAUCUGGAGUGUCUCCAAAUGACGCCCAUGCACUCAAGACCCUCACUAUAUUCCUAGGAAGUAUCUCGGUCAAAAAGUAUACCAAUCCUAGUUCCGACAUCAUUACCGUACUCGCCGGACUCGAUGAGGUGGAUCAAGUCUUUACCGACUUUGUCGCCGUGCUGGACAAAAUCAUCCGUAGCAGCGGUCAUUUGAAUCUUCGCCUGAAGGCGAUCAGAACGACUAUCGCCAUGGUCAGCGGAGCAUAUAAAACCAGCCUCGUCACAUAUUUCAUGCAACGAGAUUUCUUCCCUUCCAUUAUGAAGUUUAUACAUGAUCUGGACACCAACCUGCAAAUACUGGAGCCAUUCCUGCUCCUCGGUCUAUUAGCAAACUACAAUAAAUUCGAAUUUCAGAAUCCAUACCAACAACGACUUGACGACUUUGUCAAUGAAGCCACAAUCCAGAAAAUCGUCAAAGGUGUAGGGCUGUCCUGCGCUGGUCUCAGAAACGCAUACGUUGCCAUCCAAGAUGAUCUUCCGGAAGGUUGGACGUUGAGCAAUACCCUUGUCUUCUUUGGCUUACGAGCUUUGACUGGUGGGAAUAAAGACAAAGCUGCAACCUCGACAGCGGAAGAAGUCAAAGAAACCUUUGCUGCUCAACCCGAAUCUGAAGCUGCAGUUCUCUUGGCCACCUACGACUUUGCCAACGCAAACAAACUAUUUGGAUACAGUCUAGUGACUUCCAUACCGGAAAAGCGAAAUGAAGAGUCUCCCUUUGCAAGUUUCCUCUCCCUAACAUCCUAUCUACUCCAACACGCUUACCGGUCCGAGAGAGUCGCAACAUACGCAGAGCUCAACAUGUUCUCGCUUCGUAUAAUCGUUGAAGAUCCCAUGCUGUGCAAGCGGAUCUGCAGCGAUGACAACAAACGUAGCGUGCGCCUGUGUCGACAGAGACAACCGCAUCUCCCGCUUGUCAGUGGUGACCGCGUGCUGGCGACUGUUAUCUUCGAUAUGAUGAUUGAUACGAUCACACACAACCUCCGGCGCCGAUUAGACACCAACCUCUACAGUCACGUCAUUGCGAUUCUCAUCCGACUCUUCACCUACCUCUCCUCUAACAAAACCCGACUCACAUACCACUGGGCCGAAAUGUGGCGCACUCUUCUCUCCCUCAUGCGAUUCCUCACCACUUACUCAUCCGAUCUGUCCUCAUCACCACACAUCGAUACCCUGACAAUCUCACUCGUGGACCUGAUUGCAUUCACAUUAUCGACGGGUGACACUUUCCUCCCCGACCCAGCCUCAUAUGACGAUCUCUUUUACAAAAUCGUCGAAGCUGGGCCGAUCAUCGCUCGAUUUCGGGACGCUUAUAAAUUGACGACGAUGACACCAGUACCCGGCAGUAAUGCUCCUCAGGGAGCGUCUGUCAAUACUCUAAUUACCGUCUCCACCCAUUUUCUCACACUGCUUUUCCAGACGGAUAAAUCCGCGACCGAGUCCGGUGAUACGGCCGCUACUGCCCGAAAGAAGAAUCUUGGUCCGAGGGAAGUGCAUCAGAUUAUCAAGCAGGGAUACGAUACACUCAGCAUUCAGCCGCAGGAAGGAUUGAAUACGUGGGAAAAAUGGCGCGAGGCGGAUAGGAAGCUUGAGUUGAAGCGCGCGGCGCGAUGUGCUGUUGAGGAUGCGAGGAAGCUCGUUCUGUAGUAAAUUCGCGGGUGGUUCGAUUUGUUGUUUACAUAGCUUGUUUUCGUGUAUAUACAAGCACACUUUGUGUUUUUGGAGUCUACGAUAUCUACUACAUAUAGGAGGUUGUCACAAUGAUGAGCUAUCAAUUCAUACGAGACCUAAUUAUCCUAAUACAUAUCGCACAACACCAGAGCGGUCCCCCGUGAGGGUAAAUGAUAUCCAAAUUCACCCAGCUAUUAUCGUAUUCUCCAGUUCCAUCCUUCGGCAUCUUCACUCUCGAAUGCUCAGAUAAGACGAGAGGUUGCAGUGCCUGGAUUAGGAAUCGGCACUCCAGUAGCCUUUUCCAAGUAUUCCGUACUAGCACUAAUAUACUUGUUUGAAAAGAACUUUUCGGAA